UCUUCGACUUGAACACGUCUGCGGUAGCGCUGAUGCUGAGGAUCCCCUGCAGGCUGAGUGAUCACUUUUGGAGUCGCCAGCGUUGCGCGUCAGUUUGGACCCAACACACACGAGCUGGUGGAUCGGUUACAUCGUUUUUUUAAAGUUUUAACUUUGCUGCCUCUUUCAGUGCAGUGGGAUUUCUUUCUCUGGAGAACAUUGAGCAUUGAGGACUUUGUUUGUGUUGCUCUACUAUGGGGGAGACCGUGCGUGCGUAAUGGGCAGACAUGUUUUCGCUCUGUGGAAGUUUAGCCGUGCGCUCGCUCUCCUAACCCAAACUCCCAUCUUUGCGUUCUGAUCAUCAUACUCUGACUGAACUCUGCAGGAGGUUUAAAACGACAUGGCCAGCGAGCGGAAACCGCGGCUUUGUGUCAUGGCUAAAGGGGACAACGGGUAUGGAUUUCACUUGCAUGGCGAGAAAGGGAAGAGCGGACAGUUCAUCCGCAAAGUGGAGCCCGGCUCCCCCGCAGAAGCGGCGGGGCUGCGCGCAGGGGACCGAGUGGUGGCCGUGAAUGGGGUGAACGUGGAGAAGGAGACGCAUCAUCAGGUGGUACAGUGGAUCAAAGCCGUAGCCCACGAGACCAGGUUGCUAGUGGUGGACCAUGAGACACACGAAAGUCUGCGGAGCCUGCGCCUCACGGCUACAGAGGAGAUGGCUGUUGUCGGGACAGGCUCUUCAUCCUCUCCCCCAGCAUCCCCGUCCCCGUCCUCAGUUCCAUCCACCCCUGGCAAGAAGCGGGAGAACGGCUCGGUGUCCAAGCAGCCGAUCACGCUGAGCGGCCAGGUGCAGAAGCCCACCAGGAGGUCGCCAUCGAAGGCAGCAAAGAAGGAGGCUCUUGCUCAGGCUGACGCUCACAUCCACGCGCAAUCCCAGCCCCGGCCCCAGGUCAACCCGUCCGAGCUUGUUCCACGUCUGUGCCACCUGGUGAGGUCAGAUACGGGCUACGGCUUUAACCUCCACAGUGAGCGGUCACGACCCGGACAGUACAUCCGCUCCCUGGACCCAGGAUCACCCGCAGACGGCGCCGGACUACGGCCUCAAGACAGACUCAUCGAGGUAAAUGGUGUGAACAUCGAGGGCAUGCGGCACGCAGAGGUGGUGGCCUUCAUUAAGAAAGGGGGAGACGAGACCUGGCUGCUGGUGGUGGAUCCAGAAACAGACGAUCACUUCAAGAGGAGGGGGGUUAUCCCUACUGUUGCUCAUGUCAAAGACUAUGAUGGUCCGUCCAUAUCCAACGGCUCCCCCAGCCCUCAGAUCAACGGCAGCUCCACCACACAGUCCAUCAGGUCCACGCGCUCCGACCUCAGCAGCCAGGGCAACAGCACACAGCUGGCGGACGAUGAGGGCAGCCCGCUGUUGGAUCCAUUCGCCGAGAUGGGCCUGAGUCUAAGCGCCACGGCGGCAGAGGAAAAGAUGAAGGUGCACGCCAAAGAAAAGAGGAAGGCACCACAGAUGGACUGGAUGAAGAAAUAUGAACUCUUCAGUAAUUUCUGAGACAGUCCCCUCACAGGACACUUCACAGAACAAAGGACAGAGCUGUCUGCCGCCCUCUGCGUGGAUGAGUUUGUGUUGUUGGAGAACAUCCCUCUUACUACACUUAAGACGACUCAAUACAACUGAAGAUCAUUUGUUCUUGGAAUGGAAAGUGACAGAGGGAUAAAGUCGUCCAGUGGAUUUUACUUCAGCCACUUAAGAGACUCUUAAACAGUCACAUUUCCAUCUUCAAAGUACAAUAAAGCGUUGACUGACCUCAGAAACUGUAUGCUUUGGUAAAAUAACACUGCUCAGAGGGAGGAUUAUCUUAAAAAGCUUCACAGACAUGUACUUUUAAACAUGUUUUCACAAAUUUGCCUCAAUCCCCAUCACUUUUCAUUUACUUUUAUCAUUCCCUUUCCUGCCUAUACUCCGAGAUACUCGUUUAAAACAAAUGGGGCAGGCAGUUAUUUUUAUAUUUAAAAUGUAUAAACUAUAAACUACAGAUAAACAUUAUCCCAAAAUCAUGGUCUGGAUCAUGGACUGGAUUUAAGAUAGUUUAAUGGACACUGUGACAUUAAUGAUUGUGGACUUUGUCAGUCAGCA